GGUCAAAACGUACAGAGCGCGACCCCGAUGCGUAGUCAUUUGUCUUACUCCAAGUGAACGCAACAGUCUGGUCCUCAUCUGACCCACUGAGAACCCGAAUCACCCCAAGGAACUUCCAAUUGGACUGCAUCUCUGUAUCCGAUCUCUUGGAGUAGCAUUCCCCUUUAAGCCCUCCAGCUCUCUCUUGAGCCCAUUGUCUUAAGUCCACCCAUCUGUGGGGGUGGCUCUGCGAAAGUUUUCACAGCAAAGUUUUAAGCUGUCACUGGCUGUCGGGAGGAGGCUGAUGGAGGACAGGGGGACCAGCAACUUGUAAGCAAACAUUUACACCGACAUAAAACAAAACACACAAAAAAAAGAUGCAGCAAAAGCCCCCCCGCGGAGGCAGACAAUGCUCAGGCCUGAAGUGAAGAAGUUUGUUGUUGCUGUCACAGCGUAAGUGCACGGGCGCAACAAAGCGAGAAACGCACCCAGCACAGAUGGAUUUGAACUAUUUGAAUUGACAGUCGACGCGGUGUCAGAAAGGCGUUAAAUGUUUCGAAAAUAUAAGUUACCGUCCUGACAAAAUGACCCGUUUGCACUGCGGGCUUCACGCUUUCGGACAAAGAGCGUCUUCCAUUCACUUCUUCAUCGCGGUCCUGGUGGUCCUGGAAAACUGCAAAACUUUGGGAUUGGGAUUAUCACAUGAACCAGAAAGAUUUCAGGAUGACUUCCCUUUGUACGAGGUGGUUCACCCUACGAGACUGGAUGCCAGGGGUCACUUCCUGUCCAAUUUCCUGUCUCACCAUGCUCGCCGUUUACAGCGCAGGGAAGCCUCAGUGGAACCAGCAGGACUAGAUCGCAUCUUCUACCAGUUUUGGCACGGCGGCCACAACUUGCACUUCAACCUCACUCUGAAUCCUCACCUGCUGGCUCCAGGCUUCAUGACUGAGAGGAGGUUUGGUGGCCUGAAGGGGGCACGGAUCAAACCUGCUGGAUCCUCCCACUGUCAUUUCUUGGGUGAAGUGUGGGAUGAUGCCAUUGUGAAAGGGAGCGCAGCUAUAAGUACUUGUGAUGGCCUGACGGGACUCUUCAAGUUGUCUGAUGAAGAGUUCUUUAUUCAGCCUCUGGAGACAUCAAGUGAUGAAACAUCAGCACCACAGGCCCAUGCCAUCUACAAACGGCAUGUGUCUCCUCCCUCCUGGAGCCCAGUCAUACAGCCCAUCUCAGGGAAACGACCUUUCAACGGUACCUGUGGAAUCAAAGAUUAUCAUCAAAGCUUUAAAGACAUUGAGAGACAGCGGGAGCGUUGGGAGCGCAGGCAGCAGAGAAGGAGGAGAAGAAUUCGUCAACGCUCUGUCAGCAAAGAGAAAUGGGUGGAAACGCUGGUGGUGGCUGACCCCAAAAUGGUGGACUAUCAUGGGAGCAAAGCUGUGGAAAGCUACAUACUUGCUGUCAUGAAUAUUGUUGCAGGUCUCUACAGAGACGCCAGUAUUGGGAAUGCAAUCAACAUCGUGGUUGUUCGACUCAUCCUGCUGGAGAAGGACGAGGAUGACUUGAAGAUUACACACCACGCUGACAACAGCUUAAACAGCUUCUGUAAGUGGCAAAAGAAACUCAACAUGAAAGGGGACGAGCACCCGCUCCACCACGAUGUCGCUGUUCUGCUCACCAGAAAGGACAUCUGCGCAUCCGUCAACACACCUUGUGAAACCCUGGGUCUGUCGCAUGUGGCAGGAAUGUGUCAGCCGCAUCGCAGUUGCAGCAUUAGCGAGGACACGGGCCUCCCACUGGCUUUCACUGUAGCACACGAGCUAGGACACAAUUUUGGGAUUCAGCAUGAUGGCAGCGGUAAUGACUGUGAACCCGUUGGGAAACGACCUUUCGUCAUGUCUCCACAGCUCCUGUACGGCACCUCUUUGCCCAGGUGGUCACGCUGCAGUCGCCAAUACAUCACCCGCUUCCUAGACCGUGGCUGGGGCUGGUGCCUCGAUGAUGCCCCGGUGAAGGAUAGGUUGUCUCUAUCUACGGUGCUUCCUGGCGUUCUGUACAGUGCUGUCCAUCAGUGUCGGCUCCAGUAUGGAUCAGGAUCCCUGCUCUGUGAUGACAUGGAUAAUGUAUGCAGCACUCUGUGGUGCACUGUGGGAACAACCUGCCACUCAAAGCUGGAUGGGGCUGUGGAUGGAACAAGUUGUGGGGAGGACAAAUGGUGCUUUGGUGGGCAGUGCGUUGCAGUUGGAUAUUACCCUGAGAUUAUAAAUGGCGGCUGGGCGUCCUGGAGCCCGUGGUCAGCCUGUUCGAGGACCUGUGGUGUUGGUGUCCAGAGCGCUGAAAGAGAGUGUGAUAACCCAGUUCCUAGGUACAGAGGGAAGUAUUGUCUGGGAGAGCGACAGAGGUACAAGAUCUGUAACACCACACCUUGUCUUCAUCACCUGCCCACGUUCAGGGACAUCCAGUGUAGUCACUUCAACAGUCAGCCAUACAAGGGCAAGUUCUACAAGUGGGAGGCAGUCAUCAACACGGUGAACCCCUGUGAGCUGCACUGCCGUCCACUGAAUGAAAACUUUUCUGAGAAGAUGCGCGAUGCUGUCAUUGAUGGGACGCCUUGUUAUGAAGGCAACAAAAAGCGAGAUAUAUGCAUCAACAGCAUUUGUAAGAAUAUAGGCUGUGAUUACGUGAUAGAUUCCACUGCUGUAGAGGAUCGCUGUGGAGUGUGCAAUGGUAACGGCUCCACCUGUACAACUGUGAGGAAAACAUUUGAAGAGAGUGAAGGGCUGGGCUAUGUAGACAUUGGACUGAUCCCAGAGGGAGCCUGGGACAUUCACAUUGAGGAGUUGGGAGCAGCUGGAAAUUUCUUGGCACUCCGAAGUGACAAUCCCAGCAAGUAUUUCCUGAAUGGUGGCUGGACGAUCCAGUGGAAUGGAGAAUACAAGGCUGCUGGAACAGUAUUCACCUAUGAGAGGACCGGACAGCUUGAAAACCUGACAUCUCCAGGGCCCACUACAGAGCUUCUGUGGAUUCAGCUUCUCUUUCAGGAGGCCAAUCCAGGAGUGAGGUACGAGUACACCAUCAGUCAAAAUGUCUCCGAAAAGAACAACACCCCGCUGUCAGUUUUCUACUGGAAAUACGGUUCGUGGACUGAAUGCAGCGUUACUUGCGGAACAGGUGUUCAGAGGCAGAUUAUCCACUGUGUGGAAAAGACAACUGGGAUAGUUGAGGAGCACUUCUGUGACCACUUAACCCGACUUGACCACAACCAAACCAGCUGUAAUAAGGAUCCUUGUCCAGCCAUAUGGUGGGUUGGGGAGUGGCAGAAAUGCUCAGCGAGCUGUGGGAGCUCAGGCCAAACUAAGAGGACAGUUCUUUGCAUUCAAGCAUUAAGUGCGGAGGAGCAGAAAGCCCUGGAGCCCAGUAACUGUGAACACAUCCCCAAACCUGAGUCACUAUCCUCCUGCAACACACACAUCCCCUGCCCAGCAGACUGGACCACUGGCAGCUGGUCAAAGUGUUCACUGUCUUGUGGAAGUGGAGUACGUCACCGUAAUGUUACCUGCUCUAGAAACACAGGGGUUGAUUGUGACCCCCAAAAAAAACCUUUAGCUGUCAGUACCUGCUACAUCCAGGAAUGUCCACAGAUUGUCGAUAAUUUUGGAGGUUUCGACUGGUCUGGAAGUGGCUGGUCCAGCAAAGAAGUGCUUAAUGAAAUAAACCCCAUACCCGAAGUCAAACCUCCUGCCAAGUACAGCACCACCAGAGAGCAGCCAAGAGUUCAUAACGACCUUAAUGACAUCGUUGAGGGAGAUUUCCACUACCACAACAACAUUGAAAAUACUGAUCACUCUCAGGACAACUAUGUCCCGGUGGAUGAUUUUUACUAUGACUAUAACUUUAUCAACUUCCAUGAAGACUUGUCAGAUGACUUUGAGAGCAAUGGAAACAUUUCAGUCAGUCACGGUUUGAGUGCUUCGCAGGAGGUCGAGCCAACCCACAGUGUGAAAGAAGAUGCUCACAUAGAAAUUGCAGCCACUCCCACAGCUACUUCAGCCGUUCCAAAGCCCACUGCCUACACUUUGGAAACAGAAAAUCCUCAGAACACAAAAGUGAACGUAACAAAGGACAGUAAAAAUGCAGCGGCAAAAGAGGUUUUGCAAACAAAUUCUGAAAACUUGGAUGACUAUCUUUCUGAGGAUUUUCUUCUGCCUGUGUCGACCACUCACUCUCCACUACUGUCUACAACUCAGCAAUCAAAACCAGCGGCAGAGAAGCAUGGCAUUCUGUGGCUGCCUGAAAACAUUAGUGCAGCGCCUAGUCUGGGUUCCACUACAAAGCAGCCUUUACAGGAUGUGAAAUGGGGGCAAUAUGCAGAGGAGGCUGAAAAUAACUAUGACAGCUUCAGUGAGGAGGAAAAUCACACUGAGGAUGUCACUAUGACUCCAAAGCAGACUGUUUCUACUCCGAGACAACAAACAGCUAUCAAUACUCCUGACUCUACUGUUGAAGGGGCUCAGGAAACAAAGGAAUAUGAUAAUUACGACUAUAUCUCUGCAGACCAAGAUAAUGUCGAGAGUCCAGAACCUUCAGGUCCCCCCACAUCAGAAACUACAAUUCAGAUUAAGACUGAAUUUCCUCUGGAUGAAAAUACUGCAGAAAUACCUCAAGCCAGUGGGUCAACAUUAUUUUCAAAUGCCUUCACAAUGGAUGAUGUCAACACGGAUCAGACUAAUUUUGAUACAUUAUAUGCCACUACCGAGAAUUAUUCACGGGAUACCGACAGAGACCUCAGCACAACCUCACUUCCUGCCUCUGACAAAUCCAUUCCUCCCCCUGUUUCCUCUUUGCUCAUCUCAGGUAACCAAGAGGCCUCCACAUCAUUAACUGGAACAGCAAUCAUACCUCCUACUCAGUUUUCUCCAGCUGAUUUCCCAACGCAUACGAUGAAACCGAUUCCGUCAAAGCCAGAGUUCACUAAAACAACUGGAACGUAUCCCACAUCUCAAGCUCCGUUGUUUGAUGUAGUGAAUUAUGACUACAACGAAAUAGCCUUUCCACCCGUGGUGAGGAGCGGCAUUAACAGUGAUCCUGGCUCUUCAUACCAGGUUUCAACAAACUCAGGAGCCACUCCUCAACACAGCACAACAUCAGCACAAGACUCGGAGUUGCCCACACCUGCUGUGGCCUUUUUGCCAACCGUUCCAGCUGUCCUAACAUCUGUCCAAACUUACGUCCACACACAAAACACUGCAGCUGCCUACUGGAUUGCUGGCAACUGGAGUGCUUGCUCCACCACCUGUGGACUCGGUGCUAUCUGGAGAACUUUGACUUGCAGUACUGGAUCACAGUCGGACUGUGAUCCCGCAAAGAGGCCCGCACCUGCCCAGAGGUGUUACCUGCGCCCAUGCUCUACAUGGAAAAUUGGGGAAUGGAGUAAGUGCUCCAAGAAUUGUGAAGGCGGCAUUAAACUGCGGGAGGUUCAGUGCUUUGACCUGAGGGACCAAAGACCCCUUCGACCUUUCCACUGCCGAGCCAUGUCCUCCAGGCCCCAAACAACGAUGCCCUGUAACCUUCAGCCAUGUCUUGAAUGGUACACCUCCUCCUGGGGUCAGUGCUCUGAGGUGUGCGGAGGAGGUCAGCAGCAGCGUAUCGUCACCUGUCCAGAGGAGGAUCAAUGCGACAGAGACCACGAGCCCAGCACCAUCCAGUCAUGUAAUAGCCAUCCUUGUGCUCAGUGGCUCACCGGAUCAUGGGGACAGUGUUCAACUUCUUGCGGAGUUGGAGUGCAGCAUCGGCUUAUUAAAUGUGUUGACACCAGGGCUGAGACAGAUGGAGAAGUUGAUCAAGCUCAAUGUCACCACGAGCCACCGCCUGAGAGCACCCGAAAGUGUAACACGCAAGAGUGUGAGAGUGUACAGCCUGGAACAGUCUGUCUCCACGAUCGGCUGACAUUUCGUUUCUGUCAGACACUUCGAUGGCUCGGCCGUUGCCACCUCCCCAACGUACAAGCACAGUGCUGUAAAUCCUGCAGCCAGCACUCCCACUUCAGCAGGCCUCGCAGCUAAGGUGCAGCUCACAAGCACACUGAUUGUACCACUGAGUGAUGUAAUCUAAUCAUCAUUAAAAGUCAACAAUCUGAGCCCUUUUUCUGAACUACGGACUGGUUAUGAAUCUUACACACACCUGGACUCUGCAUGUUUGUGCUGAUGAAAUUGAACAAGCAAAGUAGCGAGAUUGUAAAUAUUUGUUUGCUGCACAUUUCUUUGUUACAUCAGACAUGGGAGUAUCCAAUCAAUGUAGCCAGCAGUAUGAUGCAUUUUUAGAUAUCCGGUUGUUCAGUGAUGACGCGACGAAUCCUACUUCCGGGUCUAAAGUAGUCUGCGUUUAAUAUGGCUUUUGUGUUGUUAACAUGUUU